GCAACGGACGUUCCACUCUCCUGCUGUAUUUAAUAUCUUCGUUAUCUUUUAUCUCCAGUUGUGUGUUUUCAAUUUCAAAAUCAUUUUAAUUAAUGAUGAACUUUAAAUUGCAGAGGAAACAUGAAGAAGAUCAUGAGGCACCACAUACCCCCAAGAGCGUGGGGCUGGUCAUCGGUGUAACGGGCAUAGUGGGCAACAGCCUAGCUCGAAUCCUCCCACAAUCAGACACACCCGGCGGUCCAUGGAAGGUCUACGGAGUCGCACGCCGUCCUCGCCCGCAUUGGAACAGCGACUACCCCAUGGAGUACAUCCAAUGCGACAUCUCGGACCCAAAAGACACCGUAUCCAAGCUCUCCAGAUUAACUGACGUCACCCACAUCUUUUAUGUCACUUGGGCCAGCCGAUCCACGGAGCCCCAAAACUGCGAGGCAAACGCCGCCAUGAUCCGCAACGUGCUACGUGUCGUCAUCACGAACGCGCCAAACCUCUGCCACGUGUGUUUGCAGACAGGGACCAGACACUACUUCGGACCCUACGAGUCGCUCGGCAAAGUGGAGCCCCAGGAGCCGCCUUGUUUGGAGGAUCUGCCACGACUGAACGCCCCGAACUUCUACUACGCCCUCGAGGACGUGUUGUUUGAAGAGGUGGGGAAGAAAGAGGAUUUGAAUAUUACAUGGUCGGUGCAUCGACCCGGUUCAAUUUUCGGCUUUUCGCCGUACAGCUUGGUCAACAUUGUAGCCAUGCUGAGUGUGUACGCUUCUAUAUGUAAGCAUGAGAAGAAACCGUUGAGAUUUCCUGGAAGCGAAGCGGCCUGGAAUUGUUACUCGGACGUUUCGGAUGCGGAUUUGAUCGCGGAGCAGCAGAUAUGGGCGGCGGUUGACCCGAAUGCGAAAAACGAAGCGUUUAAUGUGAACAAUGGGGAUGUUUUUAAGUGGAAGCAGUUUUGGACGGUGUUGGCUGAGCAGUUUGAGAUUGAGGAGUACGGGUUUGAUGAGGAGGGUGGGGGGUUUAGUUUGUUGGAGAUGAUGAAGGAGAAGGAGGGUGUGUGGGAGGAGAUAGUGAGGGAGAACCAGCUGGAGCCCACAAAGUUGGAGGAGAUAGGGUGGUGGCUGCUGGAUUUGUUUUUCAGUGGGGAAGGUCUCAUGACUAGCAUGAAUAAGAGUAAAGAGCAUGGGUUUUUGGGGUUCAGAAACUCCAGGAAAUCCUUCGUUUCAUGGAUUGAUAAAAACAAAGCUUUCAAGAUUGUGCCUUGAGAGAUGGUCUCAAAAUUGGGAAAGUGCGUGUUGCUGUUGACGGGUUCUGGUUUUCUUGUUUUGCAGAAAAUAAAGACUUAUGUUUCAUCUUUAUCUUUACUUUAGACUUGUUUGUAAAUUUGGAAAAUUAUAUAAUAUAAUACUAUGGCGCAAAUUUGUAAUAAAAGUUUGUGUUUUCUUGAGUGGGAUUACGAAGUUAGAACCCUA